AUGGCUGAUCCUGAAGGUAUCUUCGAAAUGGAUGAUCCUGAAGACAUAAACGUGUAUGCCGCCAAUGAGGGUGAAGGUGAAUCAGAUCAACAAGACCCACAUCAAGAUUGCCAUGAAGAUCACGCUGACAUGGACGUCGAGGAAAGUCCACAACAAGAUUAUCAUGAGGAUGGAGAUGGCGAGUCGCCCAUUGAAUCUGACAAUGGUCUUGAGGAUUACAUUGAUUAUUUGUAUGAUCAAGGCUUCAAUGAUGUAUCCUCUAUUGGUGAUUUGGACCACGAUGGUAAUGAUAAAUCGUCCGUGAGUGAUGUGGAGUAUGACGAUAAUGGUGUAUCAUCCGUGGGUGUUUUGGACCAAGGUGAUGAUAACAAAAGUCUUCCAAGCGAUGCAUAUGAGCCGUGGUAUGGCAUUGAGACGUCUGAAGAUGAGAUCUUUCUGCAUAUAACAGCAACUCACAUUACGCCGACAACACUGGGUUACGAUCCGGCCAUGUAUGAUGAUUUGAUGAGUGAUGGUCAAUUGGAUGAGUUUCUCGAGAGGGAAGCCGAGAGAACCGGGGGCCAGCAAUCACCAUACUCAUCAUACACCGAUACAUCAAACCGUCAUAGCCAAGAAUACAUCAUGUUAACUGAUACGGAAUGUGGUGAUCAUGAAGACGAUAACAGCGUUGUACGGGAAGCCGUUGGUCCCACGCAUGAAGUUAGCAACAAAGGACAUGAUGAUCACGACGACAAUGAUAUUACUACACGUCAUGUGGGCAUCCGUGAAACAGCCGCCAUGAGCUAUGACCGCAGUGUAGAUCAAAUCCAAAAGCGCUUGGAAGCUGCAUUGGACUCGAUUCCAGUCUACGAGGUUGGCGAUGUUGUUGGUAUCGUUAUUGAGAAGCGUAUUCGUGCACGGGAUGAUCCUCGACACCUUCCAUGUAUUAUUCAUGACAAGGUUACCAUGCCAGAUGGGUAUACAAUGUAUAAGGUUGUUUGCGCUUACGGAGCUAUCAAGCGUUCGUACCAUGCAAGAGAACUUGUAUAUUGGGGUGAUGUCCAAUUCGAUGAGCUGAAAGAUUUGGAUUGCACCACCAUGGUUAGGGACAUACCACCCAUCACAAUCAAAGAGGCUCUCACUUUUAUGCGUGAACAGCGCAAGACACCAUAUGACGAGGGAGGUUGCCGUUGCAAGGCUGGGUGCAUAACAAGCAGAUGCACAUGCAAAAAGAAGAACACAAGGUGCACCAAGCAAUGCCAUCCCGAUUGUGCUAUGCUUUGUUUCAAUGCCGAGGCCAAUGAACAAGUCCCCACGCAACCACCUAGGCAAACUACAAAUAGAAGAGCACGAGUUACCAAGCCUACACUGACCCGCCCAAUGACUAGAGCACUCACACGCCGUGAGACAAGAAGAUCCAAAUACUACAACUAA